UCGCAUAAAAAGACCGAAAGCGCACCCUUGGCUCUCUCCUCAUUUUAAAAUUGCCGUUCCACUCAGGAGAAGGGCUUUACUGACCGUUGCAGAUCUUCUCUGUGCUCUCCUCUUUCUUUGGUCUUGGUUUUGGAUAUAUAUAUAUUUUUAAAUUCAUCCUGAUACUGGUUCCGAGGGAGCUAGGGUUUCGAGAAGAUGAUGCAAAUGUUGAAGUUUCGAAGUCCCUCUCCGAAAGAGAGGGAUGAGCCUCAUGCUGUAGUCCCUCCUUCUCCGUCAAUGUCUCUUAGUGUUCCAACUGGACCUGCGAGGCCUCUGAGACUGGUUUAUUGUGAUGAGAAGGGGAAGUUUCAAAUGGAUCCUGAGGCGGUGGCCAUGCUGCAGCUUGUUAAAGAGCCUAUUGGUGUGGUUUCGGUUUGUGGUCGUGCAAGACAGGGAAAAAGCUUCAUUUUGAACCAGCUUCUUGGGAGGAGUAGCGGCUUUCAAGUGGCCUCUACCCACCGACCUUGCACAAAAGGGCUUUGGAUGUGGAGUGCACCUUUGAAGAGAACUGCUCUAGAUGGAACUGAGUACAACCUGUUGCUGUUGGACAGCGAAGGGAUUGAUGCUUAUGAUCAAACGGGAACCUACAGUACUCAGAUAUUCUCCUUGGCUGUCCUCUUGUCUAGCAUGUUUAUUUAUAACCAGAUGGGGGGCAUCGAUGAGGCUGCAUUAGAUCGUCUAUCUCUUGUCACAGAAAUGACGAAGCAUAUCCGAGUUCGUGCCUCUGGAGGACGGACCACGACAUCUGAACUUGGCCAGUUCUCUCCAGUUUUUGUUUGGCUUCUAAGGGACUUCUAUUUGGACUUGGCAGAGAACGGCAGGCAAAUAACUCCCCGAGAUUAUCUAGAGUUAGCUUUGAGGCCUGCUCAUGGGGGAGGAAGAGAUACCACAACAAAGAAUGAGAUACGGGAGUCGAUUCGAGCUCUUUUCCCUGACCGGGAGUGCUUCACCCUUGUGCGGCCAUUGAAUAGUGAAAAAGAUCUCCAACGACUGGAUCAGAUUCCUCUCGACAAGUUGCGACCAGAAUUCAGAUCUGGUCUGGAUGCCUUGACCAAAUAUGUCUUCGAGAGAACCAGACCGAAACAAGUUGGUGCUACAACUAUGACAGGUCCACUUCUUGCUGGUAUAACUCAGGCAUUUUUGGAUGCUCUUAACUCUGGUGCUGUGCCUACUAUCUCUUCGUCAUGGCAGAGUGUUGAGGAAGGAGAGUGUAGAAGAGCAUAUGAUUUGGCAGCUGAAGCUUAUAUAUCCAAUUUUGACCGCUCAAAGCCUCCUGAAGAGGUUGCCCUCAGAGAAGCACAUGAGGAUUCUGUACAAAAAUCACUCUCCAUAUAUAAUGGCAAUGCAGUGGGUGCAGGUUCAUCACGGCUGAAAUAUGAGAAGCUCCUCCAGGCCUUUGUUAGAAAACAGUUUGAGGACUACAAAACGAAUGCUUUCAGGGAGGCGGACUUGAUGUGUUCUGAUGCUAUUCAUAACAUAGAGAAGAGAUUGCGAUCAGCCUGUUAUUUGCCUGAUGCGAAAUUCGACCAAGUCUUAAAAGUUCUGGGUGGCCUUGUAUCAGAAUAUGAGAAAUCUUCUCAUGGUCCAGGAAAGUGGCAGAAACUUGCCAGCUUUUUACAGCAGAGUUUGGAAGGUCCAGUAUAUGAUCUCCUAAAGAGGCAAGUUGAUCAGAAUUCAUCAGAAAUGAAUGCUCUAAUGUUGAAAUAUCGUGCAAAUGAAGACAAGCUAGUAUUACUUGGGAAACAGCUGGAGACUUCUCAGAAGCAUGGAGCUGACUAUUUGAAAAGAUAUGAAGAUGCUAUUGCUGACAAGAAAAAAAUCUCUGAUGACUAUAUGGCCCGUAUAACUAAUUUGCAGAGCAAGUAUAGCUCAUUAGAAGAAAAGCAUUCAAACUUAUCCAAAGUUCUGGACUCUGCUAGGCAAGAAUCAGCUGAUGGGAAACACAAAUAUGAACAGGUUCUUUCAAAGCAAAGGGCUGAAGAAGACCAAUCAAAUGCUGAAAUAGCAAUUCUCAAAUCAAAGAGUAGUGCAGCUGAGGCGAGAUUGGCUGCUGCUCGUGAACAAGCUCAGUCUGCUCAGGAGGAGGCGUCUGAGUGGAGAAGGAAGUAUGACAUAGCUGUGAGGGAAGCGAAAGCUGCCCUGGAGAAGGCAGCAACGUUACAAGAACGUGCUAAUAAGCAUACGCAAGUGCGUGAAGAUUCUCUAAGGGCAGAAUUCGCAGCUACCCUGGCAGAAAAGGAUGAAGAUAUUAAGAAUACACUGGCAAAACUUGAGCACGCUGAGCAUCAUGCGAGCAGUCUGAAUUUGCAGUUGAAGGCUUUUGAAUCGAAAUUGAGGAAUCAAGAAUCAGAAACCACUGCACUGAAACUUGAAAUCAAGGAUCUACUAGAGAAGCUAGAAAAUGUGAAGUCCUCUGCUCAAUCAUACGAGAGUGAAGCCCGAAUUCUAGAGCAAGAGAGAACCCAUCUGGAACAGAGAUAUGCAUCUGAGUUCAAGAGAUUUGAAGAAGCUGAAGAGAGAUGCAAGGCUGCUGAAAAGGAGGCAAAGAAGGCGACAGAAUUGGCCGAAAAAGCUCGAAGUGAAGCCCUUGCUGCCCAAAGAGAAAAGAAUGAAGUUCACCGAUUGUCCAUUGAGAGGCUUGCUCAAAUCGAAAGGGCGGAGAGGCAUGUUGAGAACCUUCAGAGAUUGAGAGCUGAUUUAGAGGAAGAUGUUGACCGUCUUCGUGCCUCAGAACAGGAUGCUGUCUCCAAGGUAGUCUCUCUGGAAGCUAGGGUUGAAGAGAGAGAGAGAGAGAUAGAGGUGCUAUUGAAAUCAACCAAUGAGCAAAGGGCAAGCACGGUCCAUGUCCUCGAGAACCUUUUGGCCACAGAAAGAGCGGCUCGAACUGAAGCAAACAACAGGGCUGAGGCUCUCUCUUUGCAGCUUCAGUCAACUCAAGCAAUACUAGACAAUCUUCAACAAGAAAUGACAUCGGUUCGCCUCAAUGAGUCCGCCCUGGAUCACAAGCUCAAGAGUGCAUCUCGUAGUACUAAAAGGUUGAGAUCUGAGGGCCAUGCCUCAGUUCAAGAUAUGGAUGUCGAUAUGGAAGAAAGGGUGAUAGGAUCGAAAGGGAGGAAGAAAUCAAAGAGCACAACCAGUCCCCCGAAAAAGCUUCAGAUGGAUGAUGGUGGCUCUGUGUUUAAACCGGAUGAUGAUACUGAUAAUAACGAUAAUGUCAGUGUCGAUGCUGAUGAGUAUACAAAGUUCACAGUUCAGAAGCUCAAGCAAGAGCUCACAAAGCAUGGUUUUGGUGAUAAGUUGCUUGAGAUAAGGAACCCCAACAAGAAGGAUGUAGUUGCGUUGUAUGAGAAGCACGUGCUGCAAAAGUAGUGGUCCGUUUUUUUAACCUCCUCGAGGCUUGUGAUUUGUUUAUAAUGCCGUCUACCGGUAGGGUUCCAUUUAUUGUUUCUGAGAAUGGAAACCUUAAAAAAGUGAAAUGUAUGUUAGUGGCUGUAAGAAAGUCAAUUGGGUUCGGUCAAAUAGGAAGUGACUUCCUUUCUUUCACAUUCAAC